AAACGGCUAUAUAUCUUGGAAUGCCAGAUGUGUAACCUCUUUUCCUUUUCCUCUCAUGCUUCUCUUCCAACCUCAUAAGCUUCAUUGUUUCACCGUUCCCUGCUCAUAAUGCAGGCGGUGAAGCAUAAUCCAUGGACCAUCAAGGUUCAUGCCAAGGCCAAGAACUUCCAUUUGGAGAUCAGAGGCUCAAGAGUUCUAUCAAAUUGGAGAUUCUCCAUUCUGCUCAAGCUCCGGAAACUAAUCUUGAAGAUCGAAUCAAGAGUUGGGCCUGAAUCAAGGUCGAGGCAGAGAAGGUAUUUGAUAAAAUCAAAAUUCCUCUGUUUUCUUGAUAAAAUUUCUAGUGCCUGUGGGGUAAAGAAACUUGCUUUUCUGAAGAAGAGAUCGAACUUCUGGCAUUUGAAAAUCGAUUUUCCAGGGAGAAGGCAAGGCCGGUUUGUUUCUCAGGUUGUACCUUCAAGGCUUUCUCAAUAUAUGGUGUGGAAUAAACUAAUUGGACUCCUUUUACUUCUGCUACCCUUCUUUCUAUACAUGGUAAGAUCAAGUGAUCUCAUGAUCAAUUUCUUAAUCCUACUUACUGAAGCCCUAGGGACCUCAGCAGAGCAUUCCUAAAAUUAUUACUUGAGAAAUCCUAAAUUAUUACAGCCUAGAAGCUCAAUUUACAAUGUGACAAUUUUAUUGAACCAAGUGUAUGCAUGAAGUUAAUAUUUAGAUUCAAGUAUGAUUAUUAAUAUAUAGAAAAGAAAAUGUGGGAUGAAGUCCAUAUUUUUAGAA